GACCAUCAAGUCGGAGGGCCAAAUCAAGUCCACCGUCAUCGAUGAGAAGAAGUUGAUCGACACCCACUACGGCGCCAUUGCGGCCAAGGCGGUGACGAUGAAGCCACAGGACCUCACAGUCCAGGAGAAGUCGAAGGAGGGAUUCGAGAAGAUGUUUGGCGUGAAGUGGAGCAAAGUCUUAGAGGAUGGGCUGGUCUUCAAUGCUUUGGAUGGUGCAAAGAAGCUGGGCAUCUCAACAGAUGAGGUGGGCAAGAAGUGGGAAACGCUGAAGAAGGGGGAAGGCAUCAUCAAGUUCGGCGGCGGCUUCUAUUGUGGAAAGGUGGACAGCAUUUAUGUCAUCAAUGGUUUCUACUUGGGCAUGCGCUCGAAGUUCACGGCGGAUGGCUCCAGCAUCUACUACUACGAGGUGGAGUGGCCAGCGGAGAAGAUGUCCUGGGCCGACUUCCGUGGGAAGUUGCUAGGCCCCACGGACCCUGCCAGCGCGCCUGAGGGCUCCCUGCGGCAGAUGAUCUACAGCAAGUG